AUGAAACAAUAUGCUACAAAUAAUAAAAUUACGGUGAAAUGGAUUUUCUUGGAAAGUGGCCAUGGGAAAAAUAUAGCUGAUGCUAUCGGUGCUACUAUUAAGAGGUCGAUGGAUCAAGCUGUGGCAUUUCAUCCAGAUGAAUCUUAUACAAACGCACUUGAUCUGAUUGAUGAUAUUAAGAAAAAUACGACUAUAAAACUUUUUACUUAUACAAAAAAUGAAAUUGAUUCAUUUAAGAAACGAAUACCAUCGCUGACAGCUGUCAAAGGGACAGCAUCAUUUCACGAAGUCACGGUCAAACCAGAUGGUCAAUUUUAUGCAAAAAAUACUUCUUUUGGUACCGAACGAUUGCUGAAAGUAGAUUUUUAA